AUGAUCUACACUCCAUCUGCCUCCCCGAAGAUCCCCCAUCGUCCCCGUCUCCCUCCAAUGCAUCAAGCCCCUAAAGUAGGCCCAGUGGGACGAUGGUACCUCCCUGCAAUGGCUGUCGUGGCACUUGGAUUCGGGGUGACAAACUACGUCCAAGCCCAGAAGGAAAGACGUCUCGCAGAGCUCUUCGCAGAAGAAGAACGCAUCAAGCGGAACCAACAACUCAUGGACGCAUACGGAGACAAGAGCAGCUUGAAAGAUGUGGAGCAUGCACUUGAGAUGGUAUCGUUUUACUGGGAUCUGUUGUCUUGA